GUGGGCCGUGGGCAUCAUAAGUUACAAAGUUAUGCUUCAAAAUUUUGGAAUAUCUAUUUUGGUCCUCUCAAAACCCUAGAGUUGGAUUUGCGGACAGGGUUUUACUUUACCUCUUACGUUCGGCUAGCCUUUCGAAUAAGUCCGCAAAAAUUCAAUUGUUUCUGCGCGCACUCAGUUCUGCCGCUCUCCCUGGGAAGUCCUUCUGAAACUCAGCAGCAGGUGCUGGAAGAAAUUGAAUUGAAGCAAACGAUUUAGGUAUCAAGUGGUUCGAGCCUUUCUACUAGGUCCAGUUGAGCUUCAGUUUGUGCUUAACGGGAAUCAGGUUUUGAAGUAUUUGGUUUGGUCUUUCAGGGGGGAACUACCUAGUCGCUGCAAUGGGGAAGCUGGGAAAGAAGGCGAGGAAGUUCGCCAAGAAGAAUCUUCAGUCGGUGAUGAAGAGGCAGAGGAAGCAGAAGUCUGUGUUCAAGAAAAGAGCAACCAAAAAAGAGGGCCGUGGGGAUAGAGCUGUAGAAGAAGAAAGUACACAACAGACUAUUGACAGCGUUCAAGUUGAGGAUGUUGGAGCUCUUUCGUUCGAUGCAAUGUUCAAUGAGCAUGAUAGUGAUAUGGCUGGAGAUGAUUCUGGAAGUGAUGGUUAUUUAUCAGAGGAGGCAGGCUGUGUGGACAUGGAUGAAGGCAAAACGGAGAAUAACCUCGAAGACAGUCCUGAGGAUACUGGUGUAUCUGUGAAGAAUAUAAUUGUUUUUAAGGAGCUAGCAACACAGAAGAAAAAAUUGGACAGAUUGAAAGAAAAGAAUCCAGGAUUUGUCAAAUAUCUUGAGAGCAAGAAAAGUGGUAUUCACUCCACAAAAGAAUACAAUCAGUCAUCAGAUGCAGAUGAAAGCGAUGAUGAUAGCGGGCAUUUGAAUGAUGAAGAUGGAGCAAUAUUAGGAAUUGGCAAGUUACUAAGUAGUUCUACUGUUGAUUCUUUGUGUCAACUUGUGAAGGACCAGCAUGAUGUGCCUUCCCUUGUAAGGCUUUUAAAUGCUUAUAGAGCGGGAAGUCAUUAUGGAGCUAAAUCAUUUGGUGUUCUCAGAGGCACAGGAAGUCUUGCAAAGAUUAUGAUAUUUGUGCUUCAUGAGGCCAAUGACGUAUUCCGAAAAUUUUUGGGAGUUUCAAAUUCCACUGAAAAGAAGAUCAUUUUGGAAUUAAGAAAUUCAGCGACAUGGAAAAAAGUGAAGCCGCUCAUUAAGUUGUACUUGAGAAGUACCAUGUUUCUUUUGAACGAGGUUACAGACUCGGAGAUAUUGACUUUUGUGAUCGAGCGACUAAGGGCUUCUAUGAUCUUUUAUGCUGCUUUCCCAUCUUUACUGCAGAGGCUGAUCAAGAUAUCAUUUCAUCUUUGGGCAAAAGGUAAAGGAGCUCUGUCAGUGCAAUCAUUCCUCGUCAUACAAAAUGCGGCUGCCAUGUUUAACUCGGAUUGGUUCGACACAUGCUUUGACAAGGCGUACAAGACCAUAAUUGGGCACUGCAAAUUUGUCGAUCCAGCCUUCUUCGAGCACCUUCAGUUUCUUAAGAAGUCCUUUAUUGAGUUGGGUUCUCAAGAUAUGCAGAAAUCAUUAAGGAAGGCAAUUAUUUCAAUCAGACAACUUGCUAAGAUUUUGCAGCUUGGUUUACAAACUAAGCAGAAGGAAGCAGUAAAGAGAAUAUGCAGCUGGCAGUAUGUGAACUGCAUUGAUCUAUGGGUCGAGUUCAUAUCAGUCAAUAUACACGAUUACAAUCUCCUGCCGUUGCUUCAUACCAUGAUUCAGAUCAUAAAUGGAGUAGCAGUGCUUUUCCCUGGACCAAGAUACUUGCCUCUGAGAGUUAAAACUGUUCAAUGGUUGAAUCUUCUCUCCAGUUCCUGUGGUACAUUCAUCCCUGUUGCAUCUUUGGCGCUGGAUAUUUUAGAAUAUAAAAUUGACAAAGAGGGCCAGAAUCCUGGCAAGGAUUUCAACUUGUCAUCUGAUGUAAAGUUGCCAAAACACUGGAUGAAAUCUCGAAACUUCCUGGAAGCAUGUGUUUUUUCUGCUCUUGAACUGCUUGCCGUGCACUUUGCUCAGUGGGGCUACCACAUAUCUUUUCCUGAUCUGGCCACUAUUCCGUUGAUUCAUUUGAAAAAAUUCCAUGAAAGAACAAGCAUUGAGAGUUCCAGGCGAAUGGUGAAACGUUUUAUCGAUCAGGUGGAACAGAAUGUCGAGUUUGUGCACAAGAAGAGAGAUGAAGUUGCUUUCUCGCCAAAAGACGAGCAGUUAGUCGCGUCAUUUCUUCAGACAGAAAAUUCGAGUGGCAAUCUUCCAUUUAUCCAGUACUACAGGAGUCUAAUAGAAAAGGCAGCUUCUAGGGAUCUGCUUCUCAGUAAAAACUUGAGUUCUCAGGAGCCCAAGAAAACGAAAGGAAAGAAGCAACGACCUUCGAAUGGUGCUAUCAAUGCAGCUGAAGAAAUGGAAAUGGGUGAAGAAUAGAUGGUUCCAGUGAGCCUUACUGUAAGAUGCUUGAGAAGCUAAUUUUGUUAUUUAUACAAGAAGCAUCCUAUAGCAAGUCCUUAGGCUUAGAUAAUUCAGUGACCUAUGUUUUUGCAGAUUUGAAUUUUGUUUUAUAUGAUAUGAACAGUUAAUUGGGUUGAAUGACCUAUUUUGGCCAUAUACACUCUCACUCUGACGUAGACAUGACUGAUCAUAAGCAAAGAACAUAGAGUACAUCUUUUCAGCUUCUACUGCAAAAAAAAAAAAAAAAAAAGGUGUAUUUGGUUGUUUUGUAGUAUCAGUAUUCAGUAGUAGUUGUAAAUUUGUAGCUUUUUAAACUACGAGAGAAGGAAAGGAUGCAACUGUUCAUCUGGAGAUUACGUUCAUACCUCAACUCCUCAAGUGGUGAAACAUUCAAACCACUGCAGAAGAAAAUUGCGGUCUUGCUUCAAGUUGAUUGAUUGCAUUUGCCGGCGGCCUCUUUUACUAGUGGGCGGCUGUUUAUGCUUUCAUAUAUGUCCAAUACAAGAAUGGGGAGAAG